AUGCGCUUCUCAUUCGUACUGACCCUCUCCGUCCUCGGUUGCCUCCUGUUCAUCCAGGAGGGCAGUGGUGACUCGUCCUCGGAUGUGGCCACAAAUACCACCGAAAGCUCUGAUCUGAUUUCCAAUAGCACACAAUCCACUACCACCACCGACUCCGCCACGACCCCCUCAACAUUGGCCUCCAACUCUUUGAUCCCGGACUCAUCCUCGUCCCAUUUGUCGGAGGAGGGUAAAAGAAGGAGACGUCGUCAAAUCCUUCGACUUCUCCGCAAGCAAAGGUACAGGGAGCGCAAACAAAAACGUGAGCUUGAGAAACUGCUCCGUCUACUGCAGAAAUACCAGAUCACAGAACUGGAGGAAGUAAACAUCACAUAG